CAGAUCUUGAAAGUUAAUGGCUGUGUUGAAACAACGUCUGAGGAUCGCGAAGGGAAGUUCCAUUCAGCAGUUUAAGGUCGGAAUUCCUGUCGAGUCACUGGAUGGGUUCAAUGUCAGCACGUAAGGAAAUGAGUCCUCGUCCAAUUCAGUGAUUCAAAAAUCAAGGGAACAAGAGAGGGCAAACCGGCGGCACGUGUCUUAGCUUUCGACAGAUGAAGUACAUUAUAGUGCUAGCUGCCCUGAUGGCUGUGAUUUACGUUCAAGCGGAGCCUGCCGACAAGUCUGCAUCGCAGCAAACAGUGAUAAUACCUAAGUCGGAUAUUAUCCCGCCAGUAAUAUCACAAGUAACAACGAGCGAAGUGGCCAAAGAACAACCACGUAAUAAGAGAGCACCGAUCCUCCUGGGGAAGGCACUUGUGGGCGGUGCUCUUCUCGGUAAAGCCGCUCUUGGCGCCGGAGUUGUGGGUGCCGGUGUUCUCGGUGCGGGAGCUUUGGGUGCAGGAAUCGUCGGUGCGGGAGUCCUCGGUGCCGGAGCUCUUGGUGCUGGAUUAUACAAGGCUAAAUACUAUGGUGGAUACGGUGGAUACGGUGGAUAUGGCUAUGGCGGCGGAUACGGUGGAUAUGGCUAUGGCGAAUACUAUCCCCGUUAUCAUUAUCACAAUCAUUAUCAUAACUAUCCCUAUUAUAAUACUUAUUAUCCCCAAUAUUAUGGUGCAGGCUAUGGCUGGUAAAUUGAUUUCGAUUUCACAAUGCAUCACAUCCCAUUAAUGAGAACAGAAUUAUCUGGUGUACAAUUUUUUACCACCAUUUCUUGUGAAUCAUUAUUUAUAUCAAUGACUAAGCUCGUUUUCUUUUACGCAGAUAUUUGUAUCGCCCGAUAUUUGUACAUUUUUUAUACGUUUAAAAAUAAAAUGUAUUGGAGAGAAGAGCAAAAUUAUAUGUAUUAUAAUACAUGUUUGUAAUGAAAGUUCUAAAUAAAACAAAUUGACCAUU